AUGGCUGAGAAGGAGUAUCCUCACGAGCCGGCGCGUGAGUUGGCAGACGAAGGUGUUGCGAACGGAGAGAUUGCGCGAGUGGCUAUCGAAGACAAAUAUGGCCAUCUUCGAAGCCGUCACAUCCAAUUCAUUGCACUGGGCGGCGCGAUCGGAACCAGCCUUUUUCUUGGCAUCGGCUCUUCUCUCGCCAAAGCUGGGCCUCUGAGCUUGUUGCUGGGGUUCUCGAUCACCGGCCUUGCUGUCUACGGCAUGAUGGUCACGCUCGGUGAGAUGACGACUUGGCUCCCAGUUCCCGGCGCUAUACCUCAGUUCUGCUCUCGCUUCGUGGACGACUCCCUCGGCUUCGCAGUAGGCUGGAAUAACUGGUACUUUUGUGCAAUUGUGGUCUGUCUGGACAUCAGCGCUGCGUCUGUAGUGAUCGACUACUGGCCUGGAGCUAGGUCUGUAUCUCCUGCUGUUUGGAUCACGAUCAUUAUACUGGUCAUCCUAUUCCUGAAUGUUUUCGCCGUCUCAAUCUACGGCGAAGCAGAGUUCUGGUUCGCCUCCAUCAAGCUGAUUACCAUCCUUGGCCUCUUGAUCCUGUCCGUCGUGAUCAUUCUGGAUGGCGGGCCGAGCGGCGAUCGCUUGGGCUUCAGGUACUGGAACGACCCUGGUGCAAUGAAAGAGCUUUCGCCAGCAAGCGGGGCCACGGGUCGGUUUCUGGCCUUCUUCUCUACCCUCAUCUACGCCGCGUUCACCUAUGCCGGUGUUGAGAUGGUGGCUGCCGCUGGAGGCGAAGCCGAAGAUCCCAGACGAAACGUGCCCAAAGCCGUGCGGAGGGUCGUCUAUCGCAUCUUGCUUUUCUACGUGCUGGGCACUCUAGCUAUAGGCUGCAUGGUCGCUUCUAACGAUCCCAACCUGUUUGGUGGAACAGGUGCAGCCAGGUCACCGUGGGUCAUCGGGAUCACCAAGGCUGGCAUCAGCGUACUGCCUGACAUCAUCAACGCUGUGAUCUUGGCAUCGGCAACAUCAUCUGUCAAUGCCUUUCUGUAUACGGGAAGUCGCUACCUGUACGCGCUCGCCUCGGACGGUCAAGCACCGAAGGUGCUGUUGAAGUGUACCAAGACUGGUGUCCCCAUCUACUGCGUACUGGUGACGAGUUCGAUAUCUCUUCUCACCUACAUGACGGUCUCGGUCGCUGGGACUACCGUCUUCCUCUGGUUCGCAAACCUAGUCACAGUCGCCAGCAUGUUGACCUGGAUUUCGAUCUGUGCAGCAUUCAUCCGUUUCCGCGAAGCACAGAAGGUUCAAGGCCUUACCGACCAAAACCCAUGGUUCAGGGGUCCUCUCCAGCCAUACACGGCGUGGGCAACGAUGAUAUUCUUCUCGGUUCUGACAGUCUUCAAUGGCUUUGAGGUGUUUCUGGAGGGUCAUUGGAACAUCAGCGACUUCCUGGUUGCGUAUAUUGGGAUACCCAUUUUCGGCUUUCUGGUCUUGUUCUGGAAGUUCGUUAAGCGCACCAAGAUCCACUCGCUCGCCACCAUGGAUUUGAUGGGUGGCAGAGCAGAGAUAGAUGCUCUGGAGGGUACUUGGGACAAGCCAGUCCCGAAGAAUUUUGCUCAGAAGGUCUGGUUUUGGCUGGUAUGA